GGGACUCGUUCCCACGUUCCUUUCCUAUCCCUCGUUACAAGAACGUGUCGCGCCAAGUGUGCCGCGGAUGCGUCGCUUUUAAGCAAUAAUCGAGAUCUCGUCCAACCCGUGACUCUCUUCUUACGUUUUUCGACAAGUUCCCCCUCUCCCCACCCCCCCAAAAAUUUUCCGACCAAGUGGUGGCUCUGGUCCACGUCGUUUUUUGGGGGUGUCGAUCGUCGACAGACUGGUGAUCGGAGAUUGUCGAAUACACAUGGAUAAAAUUCUAAUUGGACGCGAGAAGUGUAAUUGGUGACACUGUGGAAUAUCGGUAGUUGGCGGUGGAGUAAUGUUGAUCGUUUCGUUGACAGAAUUCCGCGAGUGUCAGAUUACCAGCGAUCCGGCCGACCAAGAACCAUGAUCGAGAAUCCGAUCGUGGUGUCGAUCGCGAAGCAGCGUUGAAGGGAUCGAUCGAGAAUCAUGCGCGUGAAACGAGCGGCCAUCGAUCGCGCGACGAGCUAACGAAUUUCGACGGAUACCUUUGCACAGACACCCCCAACCGCCCCCCGCGAUCACUGGUGAACAGUCGUUCGAUCAAACGUGAAAGAAUCGUGUCGACAAGAUGCCGAACGAGGGGUUGCUCUUCGCGACGUGGUUGCUGUUGUCGGUCCUCGGAGACGUCUCGACCACGGGACAACGCUAUACCGCCAGCCCCGCACAGGACUUGGAUAACACUCUGCAAUCAGUACCACCGCUCGGGCCAAACGUGUGCAGGUCAAGGUUCAAGAACUACUGUUGCCCCGGUUGGACGAAGAAGCCAGAAACAGGGUACUGCGUGAUCCCUGUGUGCUCGAGACGAUGUGGACCAACAGGCAGAUGCAUCAGGCCGAAUAUUUGCUUGUGCGAGGGUGGCAGCGUGGCCUCGUCUUGCGGUAGCAGCCAAACCAAAGCUUCCAUAAACGAGAAUGGUAAUGCACUGGACAGGAUAGAGUCUGGAAAAUGCAAAGUACCUUGCAAACAUGGCAAUUGCGUGGAUGGCAAAUGCCAAUGUCGCAGUGGAUAUCAAGGAGAGUACUGCAACGAACCAAUCUGUCGAGAGCCUUGCUUGAAUCAAGGACGCUGCGUGGGUCCAGACAGGUGUGCCUGCAUUUACGGAUACACCGGCAGACAUUGCGAAUCAGAUUACAGAACUGGUCCGUGUUAUACGAAGGUGAGGAACGGACAAUGUUUGGCGAACCUUCAAGGGGUGGUUUGCACGAGACAGUUGUGCUGUGCUACAGUGGGCAAGGGUUGGGGCCACCCUUGCGAGAGGUGUCCCGCCAGACUGGACUGCGAGUUGGGACACCUGAAAACCAACCAAGGCCAAUGUGUCGAUAUCAACGAGUGCGAGGCGAUACCAGGUCUGUGCGAGGGUGGAAAGUGUGUUAAUUCACCUGGUUCGUUCACCUGCGAAUGUCCCGAUGGACAAGCCAGGGAUCUCGAGACGAACUCGUGCAAAGAUCGAGACGAGUGCGAGGAAGAAGGCAUCUGUGCUGAUGGACGAUGCAUAAACACGAAAGGUGGUUACUACUGUCUGUGCAAUCCAGGAUUCAUUCAGAGCCAGGAUCGAAGAUACUGCAUCGAUGGAAGACAAGGGUUGUGUUACACCUCGGUGAACAGAAACGGCCAAUGCAAGAAUCGAUUGGCAAUGAGACUGAGCAAGAAAGACUGCUGUUGCGGGAAAAACAUGGGUCGAGGCUGGGGCGACGAGUGCUUCAUCUGCCCCAACACCGGAAGCGACGAUUACAACAGGCUGUGUUUGCAACAACUGCAGCCGAUCACCGCGAUAAACGAGUGCGUGCUGCGUCCGGACAUUUGCGGAAACGGGAAGUGCAUCGACACGAAGGACGGAUACGAGUGCGAGUGUUAUCCAGGGUUCGCCAAGAAGGCCGGCAGAUGCGAGGACAUCGACGAAUGCCAGUUGGAUUACUGCCAGGGCGGUUCCUGCAGGAAUUACGAGGGCAGUUUCACAUGCCACUGUCCGCCAGGAUUUGUGGUCUCCGGAGAGGGAAGAUACUGCACUGAUCACGACGAGUGCCAGGACACGGGGAUGUGCAACAAUGGCCACUGCAUCAACAUGAACGGGUCGUUCAAGUGCAAGUGCAACGAUGGUUAUGCAUUGUCUCCUACCAAGAAUACUUGUAUCGAUAUCAACGAAUGCGCCGACAAUCCGAGAAUAUGUUUGAACGGCAGGUGUGAAAACACCCCCGGAUCGUAUCACUGCAUUUGUCAGUCGGGGUUCACGGCCUCGCGGGACAACACGUUCUGCGUGGACAUGGACGAAUGUUCCACCAGCGGAAUGUGCGAGAAUGGGAAGUGCGUGAACAUGGAGGGCUCCUUCAAGUGUGUCUGCGAUUCUGGCUUCCGGAUUGGACCCGAUCAGAGCCACUGUAUCGAUAUCGACGAGUGUCUGAGCGGACCGUGCCAAAAUGGCCGCUGCAUCAACACGCCUGGUAGCUUCCGGUGCGAGUGUCAUCCCGGAUUCAAUUUGGGACCAGACGGAAGAUCUUGCUUGGAUACAAGAAGAGACUUGUGCUACUCGCAGUACAGGGAUGGACAGUGCUCGAAUCCAGCGUCGACUGCUGUAACGAAAUCAAGUUGUUGCUGUUGCACCGUGGUCCUGGGACAACCAAUGGGAUGGGGAAGUAAUUGUCAAGCUUGUCCACUUCCUGGAUCCAACGAAUUCGAAGCACUGUGUCCUCAUGGCGCUGGAAUGACUUACAAUGGAGACGAUAUCAACGAGUGUGCACAGAAUCCCAACAUUUGCGUGAAUGGGGGCUGCGAGAACCUCAUGGGAACUUAUCGUUGCAUCUGCGACAGUGGCUACGAAGUGGACGCCACUGGUAAAAUCUGCAGCGACAUAAACGAGUGCGAAUUGGAGGAGUCUCUGUGCAGCAGAGGCCAAUGUCGUAACACACCUGGUAGCUUCCAGUGCAUUUGUCCAAGUGGCAUGAGAUACAGUACACAGGAUCACAUGUGCGAGGACAUCGACGAGUGCGAGGAACUUGGCCCGGAUAUCUGUGUGAACGGGAUCUGUUUGAACACUGAAGGCUCCUACGAGUGCGAAUGCUCCCCUGGAUACGUCCUCGAUCACACUGGUCACAUUUGCAUGGAUAACAGGAAAGGCUCCUGCUGGACCAAGAUGAUAGAUGGACGCUGCGAGUAUAAUCUGCCGCGGCUGGCGUUGAAAUCGGAGUGUUGUUGCUCUGUAGGGGUUGCGUGGGGUAGUCCUUGCGAGAUUUGCGAUCAUUCUAUCUGCGAGUGCUCGAAAGGGUACGCGAAAUUCGGCGGUAAGGAUUGCGUGGACGUGAACGAGUGCGAAUUGAACAGCGGAAUAUGCAAGGGUGGCGGUACCUGCGUCAACACGGAUGGGUCUUAUCGUUGCGAGUGUCCACCUGGAUUGACUUUAGACGCAUCACAUUCCACCUGCAUAGACACGAGACAGGAGACGUGUUUCAUGGAGUAUCGUCACGGGCAGUGUUCUAAUCCCAUCGAUGGACAGUUUUCGAAGAGCCUCUGCUGCUGUUCGGUUGGUCGCGCGUGGGGUAGCGAACGGUGCGAAUCCUGCCCGAAACCAGGCAGCCACGCGCACAACGAGCUGUGCCCCAGGGGGGAUGGUUUCACCGACAAACACGACAUCAACGAGUGCGUGGAGUUCCCUGGAAUGUGCCUGAACGGAAGGUGCAAGAACACGGUUGGCAGUUACAGUUGCAAGUGCAAUCAGGGGUUCGCGUUGGACGAGCAUGGAAUUAAAUGCAACGAUAUUGACGAGUGCGAGAUCAUGCACGGAGUGUGUGGAAAUGGUACCUGCAGGAACACGCCUGGAAACUUCCAGUGUGACUGUAAUCCGGGAUAUCGAAGCAGCGAUAUAAUGAAGAUUUGCAUGGAUAUAAACGAGUGCGAGGAGACACCGGGAUUAUGCUUGGGAGGUACAUGUCUCAAUGCAGAGGGCAGUUUCAAGUGUCAGUGUCCACCCGGGCACGAGUUAGGUCCUGACAAACAGUCCUGCAAGGACAUCGACGAGUGCUCGAGAACCAGCGGAAUCUGCUCGAAUGGCGUCUGCGAGAACAUGAUGGGCACCUACCAGUGCAUAUGCGACGAUGGUUAUCAGCAAACAGGAUUGAAGUCUCAUUGCGAAGACAUAAACGAAUGCGCGAUCUCCUCAGGAGGAUGCGAGGACAUCUGCAUAAACACCCCAGGCAGUUUCUCUUGCUCCUGCAGCACCGGCUACGCGUUGAAUCUCGACGGAAGAUCCUGCGUGGACGUCGACGAAUGCAAAGAGAAUCCCCGAAUUUGCAAUGGCGGUAAAUGCAGCAAUAUUCCUGGCGGUUACGUGUGCACCUGCAUCGAUGGCCUCCUGCCUGGGAAGGACGGUGCAUCCUGCAUAGAUGUCGACGAAUGCACAACGCAGCCCCAUAUUUGCGGGUACGGCGAGUGCUACAACACCAUCGGGUCUUUCAACUGUCGCUGCGAGGAAGGAUACUCCGUGAAACCGGAAGCUGGUCCCGGUUGCACCGACGACGACGAGUGUCUACUGAACGCGUACUCCUGCAGCGAGUUCGCGGAGUGUCAGAACACUCAAGGCUCGUACGAGUGCACUUGCCACGAAGGCUUCGUGGGCAACGGGGUCGAGUGCAGAGACAUCAACGAGUGUCUCACGAACAACGGAGGAUGCGACUCCAACGCACAGUGCAUCAACACCGAGGGAUCCUUCAAGUGUGUCUGCGAUGCUGGCUUCAGAGGAGACGGCUACGACUGCAAGGAUAUCGACGAGUGCGCAAACGACAACACCCUUUGCGAGAAUGGCCAUUGUCUAAACUACCCUGGCUCGUUCCGCUGCGAAUGCGAGAUGGGCUUCAUGCACCCCGACGAAAACAACGACCAAACUUGCGUGGACAUAAACGAGUGCGAGAUGUUCAGCAACCUCUGCGUGUUUGGCCGCUGCGAGAACAUAUUCGGGAUGUUCCGUUGCGAGUGCAACGACGGAUACAAGCUGGACGGCUCUGGAGGGAACUGCACGGACAUCGACGAGUGCGAGAAUCCUCAAUCUUGUCAGUAUGGCACUUGCGUGAACACUCAGGGCAAGUACCUGUGCAAGUGCCCGCCUAAUCAUGACCUGGUCGAAGCUGGGAACGCUUGCGUAGAUAGACGAGAAUCGUCGUGUUACACCGGUUUCGAGCACGGUAACGGAAGACCACAAUGCGUCUUCGAAAUGUCCUCGUCGGUGACGAAGGCGACGUGUUGCUGCAGCAUCGGCAACGCUUGGGGCAAUCGCUGCGAGGAGUGCCCCCAAGAUGGGACCAAGGAGUUCGAGGAACUGUGCCCAGGUGGGCCCGGAUACAGACCCAAUCAGAUCACCGUGAUCCUGGAGGAUAUCAACGAGUGCGACGAGCACGAGAACAUCUGCCAAAACGGCCAUUGCACCAACACUUUUGGCAGCUUCAUGUGCUCCUGCAACGAGGGCUUCAUCUUGGACGACACCAAAACCAGCUGCAUCGAUAUCGACGAGUGUUCGUUGCAUCCGCACAUAUGUGGUGUGGGAUACUGCAUCAACGACCAAGGAAAGUACCACUGCGAGUGUCCAGAAGGGUACAUGGCAAUGCCAGGAGGAAAGGAGUGCGUGGACAUGAGAAAGGAAUCGUGUUACCUGAGCUACGAGUCGGGUGAAUGCUUCAACCCCAUGAUGCAUCCCCAAACGAAGAUGUUGUGCUGCUGUUCGAUGGGAGCAGCUUGGGGCAGUCCUUGCGAACAGUGUCCUGCCGAAAGGACUCGCGAGCAUGAGGUUCUGUGCGGCAUGGUGCCCGGCCAGAUAAUGAACCCCAUAACCAAUCACACCGAGGAGAUCGACGAGUGCUCUCUCAUGCCAACUAUGUGCACCCAUGGUCGUUGCAUGAACACACCUGGGAGUUUCGAAUGCCAGUGCGAUCGGGGGUACGUCUACGACGAGGACUCGCAUCAGUGUAUCGACGAGAACGAGUGUCUACAGAUUCCAAAUCCCUGCAGUGGUAACGCUCAGUGCAUAAACAAGCAAGGCUACUUCGAAUGCGACUGUCCAGCCGGAUACAAACUUGGAUUGAGUCAACGGGACUGCGUCGAUAUCGACGAGUGCUACGAGAGGCCUGGGAUCUGCAACAACGGUGCCUGCAACAAUUUGCAGGGCAGCUUUCAGUGCGUCUGUCACUCCGGUUUCGCGCUGACGCGGGACAGAGACAAUUGCGUGGACAUCGACGAGUGUCAGCGGAAUCCGAACAUUUGCAACAAUGGAACAUGCGUGAACACGCGUGGAGGCUACAAGUGCAGCUGUUACGAGGGAUUCAAGCUCAGCCCUAACAACGAUUGCGCCGAUAUCGACGAGUGUCGAAUUAUGCCGUUCCUCUGUCGCAACGGGAGAUGUCGAAACACGAUCGGUGCCUUCAAUUGCGAGUGCGCCGAUGGUUACGUGUUAGCUCAAGACGGACAACAUUGCAGGGACAUCGACGAGUGUCACGAGAUACCUGGGCUCUGUCUAUCGCCAGGAAAGUGUCAAAACCUAAUGGGAUCUUACAUAUGCGCUUGUCCACCUGGUUACGAGUUGGAUUACACGAGGAAGAAAUGCGUGGACGUCGACGAAUGCGUGGAGACACCAGGAAUCUGUGAGAACGGUCGUUGCCUGAACACUGAAGGUGGAGUGAUCUGCGACUGUCCAGUUGGGUUCCAACUGAGCGACAAACCGAAUUCGAUGAGGUGCAUCGACGUAAGAGAGGAGUCCUGUUACGACAGUUACACGCGAGGACGUUGUGGCUACCCUCGAACCGGUGGAAUGACGAAGAAACACUGUUGCUGCACAAUGGGAAAGGCUUGGGGACGAUAUUGCGAGCAAUGCCCUCCAGAUAACAGCGAGGAGUUCAGGAGACUGUGCCCCGAGGGGCCAGGAAGGGACGACACUGGUAUCGACCUGAACGAGUGCCUCUUCAUGCCGGACGCUUGCUCCGGCGGCGAGUGCAUAAACACAGACGGCUCCUUCAGGUGCGAGUGCCCCUCGGGAUACGUCCUGGACGCCAGCGGCAGACACUGCAUCGACAACAACGAGUGCCAGGCCGUGCAGAACAUAUGCGGCAACGGGACCUGCACGAACAUCGACGGUAGCUUCGAGUGCUUCUGCAACGAGGGUUUCACUCCUGGAGUGAACCAAGUUUGCGAGGACGUGAACGAGUGCCUGGAGAUUGGCAACCAGUGUGCCUUCAGGUGCCACAAUGCUCCUGGUUCCUUCAGGUGCAUUUGUCCUUACGGGUACACCUUGGCUCCCGAUGGACGACACUGCAUAGACGUGGACGAGUGCGCGACGCCCGCGAACAACUGCAGGUACCAGUGCAAGAACCUGAUCGGGUCCUUCAUGUGCAUCUGCCCGCCCGGGUAUCAGCAAAUCGGGAUGACCGACGAGUGCAAGGACAUCAACGAGUGCGCCAUCAAUUCCGGUCUCUGUCGGAACGGACGUUGCGUGAACGUGGAGGGCAGUUAUCAGUGCCUCUGUUACGACGGCUUCGAGCAGAGUCAAGACGGAAAAUCUUGCAUAGAUCGCAGAGUGGGCUACUGUUUCUUGCAAACGAUCGGUGGUAGAUGCACGGCCAGGACCUCAGAUUUGAGGACAGUCACGAAAGCUGACUGUUGCUGCACUAUGGGGGCGGCUUGGGGACCUCAUUGCGAGAUUUGUCCGUCCAAGGACUCCGAGAACUAUAACGAACUGUGCUUGGACAAGGGUUUCUCCGUGGAUGGUCAAGACAUCGACGAAUGCAAGACGAUUCCAGACUUGUGUAAGAACGGACUGUGCAUCAAUACACUGGGUUCCUACAGAUGCGUUUGCAACAAGGGCUACAAGCCUGACAAGUCCGGAACCCAAUGUGUCGAUAUAAACGAGUGCGAGGUUACGCCGAAGCCCUGCAAGUACAACUGCCAGAACACGGAGGGAAGCUUCACGUGUUCCUGUCCAGCUGGUUUCAUUCUGAAUCCUGACGGCAUCAGUUGCAGAGACAUGGACGAAUGCUCGACAGGAAAUCACCUGUGCCAACAAAACUGCGUCAACACUCAAGGCAGCUACACCUGCGGCUGCCAGGAGGGUUACAAUCAAGAUGGCGACACUUGUCACGACAUAAACGAGUGCGACCAACAUGGAACUUGCCCGAAACCAGGCACCUGCAUCAACACACUCGGUAGUUUCCGGUGCAUCUGCCCGAGAGGAUUCAAGCUCGAUCAGGCUGGCAGAUUUUGCGUGGAUCAGAACGAGUGCGCCGAUGACACGUCCUGUGAACACGGCUGCCAGAACUAUAUGGGAAGCUAUCGUUGCGGUUGCCCCGACGGGUUCGUUCAGCAUCUCUACUACAAUCAGUGUAUCGACGAGAACGAAUGCAGCACAUCCCCGUGCGGAGACAAUACCUGCAUCAACACGAUUGGUAGCUACAAGUGUGGUUGUCCGGAUGGUUACCAGUUCGACUCUAAAGUGCAAAUGUGCAUUCAGGUGAGCGCUGGAUGCAUUGGAAGUCCAUGUGCAUUCGGAUGCACUCCCAAUGGCCCCAGUGGUUUCAUUUGCGGAUGUCCAACUGGCUAUCAGAGAAUUGGACAGGGCCACUGUUUGUCAACGAUUACUCCACUAUCGCAAGGAAACUACGGCGAGGAUAUUAGCAACGCGCCCACAUUCGUGAUAAAUCCAGAUCCCUAUCACAUACCACCAGCAGACGACAAGACGAUAUCGACAGAGGGCUGUUUCACUUGCAAGAUCAAUGGGAAAGGAAGACACAGAAGAGGCUUGCGAAUCAGAUCGAUGGAAGAGAAAUUGAUUUCGCGUAGAAGCGAAAUCGCGAAAAAACGAGUCCCGAGGACAGCGAACAGACACCACCAUGGCGAAGAAUUCGUCCUGAAGAUCAGUUUAAGGCAGACCAAGCACAGGAAGAGAAUCCUUAAACUGCAACCAGCUGUCAAGGACGAGGAGAUGGAGUACACGAUAGCCAAGGGCGACAAGGACGAUCACUUCGAGAUCGCGAAGGAUUACGGUGUUUGGGCCCUCCAUUUCCGCAGUCGAUUGAAGGAACCCGGUGAAUUCCGUUUGGUUAUCCACGGACGCUCGAAAAACGGUAUCGCCGAGGAGAACGAAGUCUGGGAAAGGCCUCUGACCCUCAGAGUUCACGUAAUAGUGACGGAGUAACGUUUUGGGGGUCAAACGUUUCGGUUCCAUUAGUCAAUUUUCUCAUUGCAACGCGAGACACCGAAACAAAAAACUGCCGAGUAUUACGGGCGGGAAUCACUCUGACAUCGGUUCGAUCCUGCGGAGAAGUCGCGAAUGCUUUAAAUUUGUGUUCAUUUUGUAACCAGACUUGCGUCGUUUCACUGCCAAAUAAUUGUUUCUUUUUUUUUUUUCCCCUUUACGCGGAGCUGACACUCUUCUUUAACACUGCCUUUGCCUGAUAUGUGUUUUAUAUCUUCCUCGUUUCUUUUUUAAGCUAUUUUAGUCGACGUUUGACGCUGACAUUCCUCGACUUUGUAGUUUCGUGUCAGAUGGACGAUAACGCGUUGAUAUUGUCACCCACGACUUCCAGAAUUUAAAAAAAAAUUUUUUUGUAAUAUUACUAUAUUUAUUAGCAAUGCAAAUUCACAGACCCACAAUGGGAAUAUAUUAUAUACAACGAUUCUCGAUUAAUGAUACAACGAAGCGUUUCGUAGCUCAGAAAUUCGAAACUCGAGGAUGAAUUUAAGCGAUGGGUGCCAAGAGAUCAAGUGGAUACUUGAAACUGCCUUCAGAAUGUCUGCCAUAAGUUACUGCCCGCAAAUAACAUAAAAAAAUAUUACACGUAGAGAUAACACUUUAGGGAUGUACAAAAGGAAAUGAAUUUUUUUUUAUUACGCCUAAGAUAAAUCGAGAUAUGUAUACAUACACAGAUAUAGCUUUAUAUAUUUAUAAACGUUUAUGGAGAGCCAGCUGGUAACGGACCACGAACGGAUGCUUCGAGCAAUCAUGCUAAACGAUUUACGUCACGAUUCUCGAAUAUCCCGCGGAACGGACCAGAGGUUUUCGUGACACCAUUCAGAAUGGAGUCACUUCACGACAAUAAAGAGAAUUACAUAAGGAUAGUAACGAUAAUCGACCCGAUAGUAUGUACAAUUUAAUUAGCGGCGAACGCCGUGCAGCCCUAAUUAUCUCAUUAAGUAGCAAACGAGGGGCGAAUCGCGCGAUUCCCGUUACGAUAAAUAUGUGAAUAGAAAUUAUUAUGGAUAGUUUUGUACAAUUAGCGCGUAUGCGAUUAUUC